GGCACCCUUUUCACAUGUUGGAUUUUUGUGUUUUCCACUUUUCCUCUCAAUAAGUUUUAUGGUUUUGCAACUUUUGCUCCAGAAAUGCUCGCAAAAGCCAUAUGGUUUACAAAAGUUUUAGCAGUAGAUGGUUAACUGAUGCGCUGUAGAUGUAAAUAAAGCAACAGCAAUGAACCCUCCUGAUCUUGCCGACCCGCUGUUCAACGUUCCUCCUGAAGUUUUGGUGGAUCCUGUUCCUUUCGUCGCGCUUUGUGGCUUGGACGUAAUCCACAAUGCCACCCAUCGUCUUAUCUGGGACGCGUUCGCCUCAAACAGGAGCAGUGAACGAUUGCCGGUUUCAUACCGCGAUAUCCCCGCUGAUCACGAGUUCCCAGUGAGCAAGGUGAAAAAGUCCUAUGAGUAUGGCACAGUGCCAAACGGAAUCCUGAAGAGCAACUGGAUAAAAAAGCACCUGUACGAAGUGCCUUCGUUAGUGGUGUUGUUUGUUGAUCUGGAAUGGGAUGAUCCUGCCUUUGCUGAGAAGAAAAUAGCAUGUUCCAGCAAAGUGGCUACGAUUCGUGCAAGUUUAGCGGGACGGAACUCUAAGAUUGCUCUGGUUCUGAUUCAGUCGCGUCCACACACCUUCGCACAAGGCGAACCGUCGCCAGAUGCCGAGAAAAUUACGGGGAUGUGCAAUGCGUGUGAACUGGCUUUCAAGCAGUUAUUCCUGCUUCCGAAUAACGAAAAUCUGGCUGCCUACGUUGUAAGGCUGGAAACGGCACUUUUUGACACUAUUCAGGGCUAUUAUUUGAACGAAGCUAAAAGAGUGCGUGGACAUCGCGAUGCCGUGAUGCGGAUGCAGUCGCAAAAUCUUCCUUUACUGGUGCGCCAUCAAUUUAAAAUGGGUUAUUUUAACGAAUUUCGACAAGACCGUCAGACAGCGCUUAAACAUUACCAGCAAGCCUAUCAAAAUCUGCAGCAGAUUCGUCAGGACGGCGGUUUCGAAGUGAAAACAGUGGCCAUGAUUAUUGUUUAUCGAAUUUGUCGAUUGUCGUUCCGGCUUAACUGUCCAGUGGAUGCCAUAACGAGUUUCCGGAAGCAUCUGGAUAUAUUCCGCACGUACAAAGGCCCACCGGAACUGGCUUAUCAACAUGAAGCCUGGUUGUUUCGACAGAAUUUUCUCUUUGCCAUUCUGUUUGAAGAUGCCAUUCGGUCGGGCCUGGCGGCAAUCCCCUCAGAAAAUCCAGGAAUGUAUUAUACAAAAGCCGCCAACCAUAUGAAACUACGGCAGCAGACCUGUUUGAGUUUUCCUCCUCCGCAAAUUCCUUUCCAGCCGGCCCCGCCAGUGGAUGGGGAAUUUUAUGGCCAGCUGAUCCUCAGUGUGCCCUCAUCGUCGGGUGAUAUGCCCGUUUCGAUAUACCUACAGAACUGUGAACGAGCGGUCAAUCAUACCAGUUGGAUGAUACACCUUCUCGGUUCAGCUGUUUCGCAGUUUAAAAAACACCGCUGCGCCCGGACGGCAUUAAUGCUGUUCAGUCGCAUUGGGGAUGAAUAUUGCGACAUCGGCCUCUACGAUAAAGCCCAGGUGCUAUAUAGUCAAGGCUUGAACGAAUACCGGAAAAGCAAGUGGAGCGUGAUAUUCAGUCAACUUCUGCUUCGUCAGAUUAAGAUAUCAGCACUCAUGCCGAAUGUAUCCGAAUUCAUCAAGAGCACCUUGGAAGCCAUUGGAGCCGGUUCGUUUCUACAGUUUGAAGAUCGCACGGAACUGCAGGAGACGUUGCUGCAGAUUCUUAGCGGUAAUCGGCCUGAUUUCCGCAGCCUUUUGGGUUCACAGAGCCAGAUUGCCUACCAGAAAUGGGGUGCACUAACUCCGGAGAACAUUUCCUGUUCACUGGACAUGGAUCCUCUUUUGUCCUGCAUUGAGCACGAAUGUGCUUUUGAUCGUUCCGCAUUCGAAAUCAGUCAGAUGGUCUCGAUAACUGUGAAACUGACGCUUACCACACCAUUGCCCAUGCAGAUGUCGGAAUUGCAGGUGACGUUGUCUAAUCCAGCAUAUAAUGGUUACUGUUGUAUUAAAGAUGGCACAGCUCCGGCGAAUACACCGGAGAAUCGAUUGUACCUAGUGCCCAAUGAAGAGAAACUCUACCAGUUCCAGUUCCCUGCUGUGCCGGAAGAUGUUGGAAAACAUAUUGAUAUAACCAAACUGAUACUGAAAUUUGGAUCUUUGCCGAUCACUUUGAGGCUUGUUUGGUCGAAUUUCGGAAAGAUAAAUCGAACAUACCAGGCGUUUUGCAAUGGACAGUCUUUUAAAGUAUUGAACGAUGACGCAGUAUCCAGUUUGCAGUCAGUUGACAUUGAACGGCGACCAGCAUUGGCGGUUGUCCAGUUGCCACCCAGUGCCCUGAUUCUUGUGGGCGAAACUUACAGGAUAUCGUUUUCCAUCGUGAACAAGGAGCAGGCAGUGAUUCGGAAGCCGGUUGUUGGUAUUACGUGUGACGAUCCUGCUGUAGCCGGAAAGAUUGUCUUUGGAUUGCCGGGAUCGGAAGAAUUCGUGAGCGAAUGCAGCUCAACCUUGCCUGACCUGUCACCUGAUUCUACUUACGAAUUUUCAUUCUUAAUCCGAUGUAGUGCGGGUUUUAAGACCAGCGUUCGGAUAUUCCUCUCUUAUGACCUUACUGAUCCCUUUUACCGCUGCUUGGUGCAGGGUGUUACGCCACUGGAAUCAACAAACCCGUUACAGAUACGACUUCUAUCCAAAGAGUUCAACAGCGAGGAACAUCCAUCGGAAAAGCACGUCAUACCGCCCGGAAGCGAUAUGGUUUACUUGAUUGUCAUCAAGAACGCCUCACCGGUGAAAAUAACACUCGGGGGUGUGGAACUGAAGAUGAAUGACAGUGUUCUGACAUCGGUUGUUCCAAUCGAAUCGCAUAUCGCUGGCUUGCAACUAUUGGAGGAAGAAGAAGCACAGGAAGCGUAUUUCCUCCAUGUUGAUGAGUCGUGCACACCUGGAUCGUCAGUUUUAAUGGGUCCACUGAUUUUAACAUGGAACCGAACAGAUUCCGAUCAGAAUCCUGCGUUGACUUAUAUCCCGGUGCCUGAUAUGCUCAUCAAAGCUUCCCCAUCGCCUCUUAAAGUGUUUUUAGAUUUACCAGCCAGUGUAACGCAGUUUGAGCCACUGGGUCUAGUGUACCGAAUUCACAAUUGUUCGGAUCAGUUACUGGACAUCCAUGCCUUUUUGUCGACGAACGACGAAUAUGUGCUUGCUGGGGAAAAAGAGGCCCGUGUCCGGUUGGGACCACGAAUGGAAACUUCAUUGCACUCGUCCAUUAUACCCAUCAAUGUCGGUUACAUGCGACUACCGGAGUUUGAAAUUAAUUCCACAGCGGAUAUCGACUGCCGGGAAUGGAUUGAUUCCCACAUUCCCAAAACCAUAUUUGUGAUGCCGAAAGACUUUUCUAAUGAAAAUUGUUUGAUAAAUCCUCUGCCAGCUGGUAUGACCGCAUGAUAGCUGCAAAAUUGUUAUAGAAUGGGUUUUCGGAGAUUAUUAAAUCAGCUAAGUACUGUGCCGAUUACUCUACAGAUGGUGCCAUGAUGCAGUGUGAAGUGUUUUUCUGUGAAAGUUUUAGUUUUUUGCUUUUAUUGCGCUUGAUUAAAAGUUUCUGUUGA